AUGUCGAAGAUAGAGAAGAUGAGCAUCCUCGGGGUGAGGAGCUUUGGGAUUGAGGAUAAAGACAAACAAGUCAUCACCUUUUUUGCUCCUUUGACUGUUCUGGUGGGACCAAACGGCGCAGGGAAAACGACUAUCAUUGAAUGUCUUAAGUAUGCAACAUCAGGGGAACUUCCCCCUGGAUCUAAAGGAGGAGCUUUUGUUCACGAUCCAAAGGACGCCCAUGAGACUGAGGUGCGAGCUCAGAUCCGACUCUUAUUCACUGAUGUGAAUGGAGAGAAACUUGCCGUCCAACGCUCCAUGUCCUGCACCCAGAAGGCAAAGAACUAUUCCUUCAAAAGCUUGGAGCAGGUCAUCACUAGAAUCAAAGAUGGAGAAAAAGUGAGCCUGUCUUCUAAGUGUGGCGAGCUGGACAGGGAGAUGAUUUCCGCUCUGGGAGUAUCCAAGCCCGUGCUGAAUCACGUCAUCUUUUGUCACCAAGAAGAGUCCAACUGGCCACUUAGUGAAGGCAAAGCGCUCAAAGAAAAAUUUGACUCCAUCUUUGCUGCAACUAAAUAUAUUAAAGCUCUGGAGACGAUGCAUAAGCUGCGCCGCGACCAAAGUCAGACAGUCAAAGAAUGCCAAGUGGAGCUGCGCUACCUGAAGCAAAACAAGGAGAAGGCUCAGCAGAUCAGAGAUAAUGUGGCCACCAAGGAGGCUCAGCUGAUGGCCUCCAAAGACAACGUCCAGCAGAUAGAGAGCCAGAUUGAUCCCCUUGAGAAUCGACUGAUGGAGAUUGACCAGAAACUGGGCAAGGUGAUGAAGUUAGACAAUGACAUAAAGGCAUUGGACAGCAGGAAGAAGCAAAUGGAGGAGGACAACAAGGAGCUGGAGGAAACCAUGGAGCAGGUGUUUCAGGGUUCAAACGAGGAACUGCAAGACGUUUACCAGAACCACCAGCGGACAGUGAGGGAGAAGGAGCGCAGGUUGACGGACUGCCAAAGAGAGCUGGAGAGAGCUGGACGCGAGUGCCAGAGACUCAACAGAGUGAAGGCCGAUCUCUUAGUUGAGCAAGGUCGUCUUCAGCUGGAAGCCGAUCGGCACACUCAGAACAUCAAGAGUCGCGAUACUUUGGUUCGCUCUCUGUCAUCUUAUCUGGAGAUGGAUGGUUACGACCGACCGCCCUUCACCUCUUUGCAGCUUGAAAGCUUUCAUCGUCACGUCACACAGAGACUGGAGCAAGAGAAAGAGACGCUCAGUCAGAUUACAGCAGAUCUGCAGGAAAAGGAGCAACAGAAGCAGCAGUCCAUCGAUGAGAUGCGGGACAAGAAGACCGGCCUUGAGAGAACCGUGGAGUUGAAGAGGGAUAUGCAGGGAAAAAAGCAGCAGGAACUGAGGAACAUCAGGGCAGACCUGCAGAAGCUCGAAGGGUCGUCUAGUCGGCUGCAAGAGCUGGAAAAUGAGUUGGCCAAAGCUGAGCGUGAGCUGCAACGCGCCGUUCAGAGCGCCAACGUCGAAGAGCUGAGGACUGAGAUCGAGGAACUGCAGAGAGAGAAGGCCGAGCUCGACCGUAUGCAGAGACAGCUCGACAACGAGAUGCAGACCCUGAACACGCACACAACUGCACGCACGCAGAUGGACAUGCUGAGGAGAGAUAAAACAGAGAAGGAGGAGCAGGUACGCAAAAUCAAGUCCCGUCACGGGGAGGAUCUGGUGUCCCUCCUGGGUCAUUUUCCCAACAAGAGAGAGCUGGAGGAUUGGAUCUAUUCCAAGUCCAAGGAGAUCAACAGUACCAGAGAAAGACUUGCCAAGCUGAAUAAGGACCUGGCAUCAAACGAGCAGAACAAAAGCCACGUUGCUGCCGAGUUGCGCAAGAAGGAGCAACAAUUAACCAGCGAUGAAGAGAGGUUCUUUAGCGUGUGUGGCAGUCAGGAUCUGGAGCAAGAUCUGGGCAAACUGCAGGAAGAUCUGGAGAAGAUAUCCAAACAAAGAGCCAUGCUAGCAGGGGCCACGGCAGUGUACACCCAGUUCAUCAGCCAGCUGACAGAGGAGCAGGAGCCCUGCUGCCCUGUGUGCCAGCGCACCUUUCCUUCAGAAUCCGACCUGCAGGAAGUUAUCAGUGACAUGCAGUCCAAGCUACGCCUGGUGCCCGACAAACUGAAGAACACAGAGCAGGACCUGAAGAGGAAGGAGAGGAAGAAGGAUGAAAUGAUGGCCCUGAGACCCGUGAGACAGUCCAUCGUUCAGUUUCAGGAAAAAGAGCUGCCUGAGCUGAGAAACCGGCUGCAGACUGUGAACAGAGACAUCGAGAGGCUCAAGGCAGAUGUAGAAGAACAGGAGACUCUGCUUGGUACCUUAAUGUCUGAGGAGGAAACGGCCAAGGCCUGCCUGCAGGACAUAUCUCUAAUGGACAGAUACCUGAUGGACCUCAAAGAGCUGGAGCGAAAAAUCGCUCAGCAGUCGGCUAAACUCCAGGGAGUAGACCUGACCAGAACCAUCCAGCAAGUUAGUCAGGAGAAACAAGAAACCCAGCUCAAGCUUGACACCACUUGCAGCAAAAUGGAGCUGAAACGUAAGCUGAUCCAAGACCAGCAGGACCAGAUCCAGAUGCUGAAAAGUGGCGUAAACGAAACCAAGGCAGAGAAGCUGCAGCUGAGCAGCGACAUGCAGAAGCAGCAGCAGCUGGAGGAGCAAUGUGUUGAAUUCACUGCAGAGAUCCAGGCUCUAACUAGAGAAAUCAGGGAAGCGAAGGAACAACUGUCGCCUCUGUCUGUUGCUUUGGAGAAGCUUCAGCAAGAGAAACAGGAGCUGAUUGUGCGCAAGAGACAGAAAGAAGAAGAAGGCCAGGAGAAGAUCGGUGCCAUAAAAGAGAAGGUUAAAUCUGUCUCCUUAUUUGAACGAGACAUCAAAAAAUACAUAGAGGAAGGAAAAGAUGAAUAUAAGGAGCAAAAAGAAUCUGAGCUUCAAGAAACCAACACUCAGCUACAUGAGGCCGAGAAGCAGAAAGAAAAAAUUAACAAGGAGAUGGGGAACAUCCGUCAGGACAUAGACACCCAGAAGGUCCAAGAGCGCUGGUUGCAAGACAAUCUGACGUUACGGAAGCGUGUUGAGGAGCUGAAGGAGGUUGUAGCUAAACGAGAAAUCCUUAUGAAAGACAUGGGCAACAUGCAAGUGUUGCAGCUGCGCCAAGAACGUCGUGAUGCAGAACGCAAAUUAGAAGAGCUGAAGAAGAACCGGAGCAUCGCGCUGGGUCGGCAGAAAGGCUUUGAAGAAGAGAUUCUGCAGUACAGAAAAGAGUUGAGAGAAGAGCAGUAUGACAAAGCUGAUGAGCGCUACAAAAACAAGAUGAUCACAAUGAGGACCACAGAGUUGGUCAUUCAAGACCUUAAUCUCUACUACAAAGCUCUUGAUCAGACCAUCAUGAGGUUUCACAGUAUGAAAAUGGACGAGAUCAAUAAAAUCAUCCGAGACCUGUGGCGCAGCACCUACAGGGGCCGAGAUAUCGAGUACGUGGAGAUCAGGUCGGAUGUGGACGAGAACUCGUCAGCUGGAGUGAGGAGGCGGGUUUACAACUACAGAGUCGUUAUGGUGAAGGGAGACACGGCCUUGGAUAUGAGAGGACGCUGCAGCGCUGGUCAGAAGGUGUUGGCGUCCCUGAUCAUCCGUCUUGCCCUGGCAGAGACUUUCUGUCUCAACUGUGGGAUCUUGGCCUUGGACGAGCCCACCACCAACCUGGACAGAGAGAACAUCGAGUCUCUGGCCCAUGCCCUUGUAGAAAUCAUCAAGAGCCGCUCUCGUCAGCGUAACUUCCAGCUGCUCAUCAUCACCCACGAUGAAGACUUUGUGGAGCUCCUGGGCCGCUCCAGCUAUAUCGAACACUUCUACCGAAUCCGCAAGAACCAGGACCAGAACUCGGAAAUCACCAAGUGCAGCAUCUCCUCCCUCUCGUCUUACCUACAUUGAAAAAGCGAGCGGCUUUUUCCGUGGCUUGAAAGAGCAUCAGUAACACUUUAUGCUUUGAUUGCAUUUGGGCAAAUUAACACUCUGUUUUGGCUUGAAGAAAACUUGCAUUCAGACCACUUUUCCUGUUGUUGACCCGCUGUUUAAAUAUGCUGUGAACUGUGAAAGUUUUCCUAGCGUUAACUGAGGUCUAUGAAGAUGAGCCUAGGGGAAAAUGUUAUUUUUUUCCAAAUUAUUUGCAUAAAUCUAAACAAAAAAAAAACUGAAAGCAAAAGUUAUAAUGCCUUUGUAUUGACUUAAUGUACCUGCCUUCUUUGUGAAGAACUGAAACAAAUGUUUCAAUGGUAAAAUGCUUUAAGAUAAGCACCUAACACCUUUAGCUUCACAAAUCUGGUAGAUUACGGUUCAAACGUUCCUGUUUCAUCUUUGUGAGUUUAACGUUCUGUUAUUAAACCUCUUCAGAAGCCCUGAAGCCAGAGUUAUUCCUUAACACAAACUGAUUUGAGGUCAUUUCACUUUAACAGCAAACAAGACAUCAAAUUCAGAGAAAUCCUUUUUUUUGAAGUCAAACCACAACUUAUCUUAUAAUCACUGCAGAUGACGUUUCCUUUUUUUUUUUUUGCAACUGAGAAACCUGACUAGAGGCGUGGGUAAAGCGUAUAUAAAUGUCGAGCUCUCGAUUGAGUGUUCAGAGCAACUGCGAGCUUACAGCUGAACAUCCAAAAAGAAACUUCAGACUCCUUGAGACGUCCUCAGCCUGCAAGAAAUCAUGGAGAUGGUGAUACUUCUGCUGCUGUCUGCUGUGGCUCAGCUGGCGACCCCGGUUCCUACUGCUCUGGCUAGUGGCAAUGCACGGCUCAGCCGCAACCAAAUCAUUGAUGCCAUUAACAAUUACACGACAACUUUCACAAAUGAUUUCUUUGUGGAGGACGUGCAGGAUUUGGUCACCGCCGGUUGUAAGAAUGGCUUCUUUUGCAAAGUGCACAGCAUUCUGGUUGCACACAAGAAGGUUGGAGAAACCAAGAAGGAUGAGAUGACACUUGAGCGCCUCCUGAAGGCAUACAUCAACAGUUCCAGCAUUGACUGCAAAGAAGAGCUGAAGUCGGUGAAAAGCUCAACCGUAACCAGGCCCAUCACUGAUCUGCUGGAAAACAUUAGAAAAUGUAGCCAGAAGACAAACCUCGUCAGGACGGACUAACUUCAGCACCUGGGACCGUUCCGACCUUUGCUGAGGUGCAGCUGCAAGUCUAGUGCAGAUGUGUCGUACGAGGUUUAUUUGCAAUUUUCUGAAAGCUGAAAUUGUGCAUGUGGGCAAAAAAAAAAA